GGAUGCCUAGUUAAUUGUGCUUGUGCUAGCAUUUGUUUUAUGACUAUAUUCUGUUAGCAGACCUUUUAUAAAUCAACCAUUUGUAUCUCAUUGUUGGUGUGAUGAUUUGCUACCAAAUAAGUACAAAUGGUUUGUUUCUGGUUUGUAUCAGGUUUUUAUUAGGUCUAUUUCUGAGUAGGCCUGGAUUGUAGUGGCUCUGACAAUUGUUGCUUAGACUAUUAUGUCUGGAGUGUAGUGAUGUUACUGUUGAUUUUGACUGUAUUUAUCCAUUUGUAGAUGGUUACAGGUGCAUGUACAUCUGCAGUGAAUGCUUGCACUUGCUAAGUUAUCAUAUAUAUUUUUUUUGUUCCUGGCAUACAUUCUUAAGAAGACCUGGUUAACAGAUCUCAAUUGAUGAUCAUUGUCCUGUUAUGAUCUUCUAGCAUAUAUAUGGAUUUUGGCCUCAGGACACAGAAUUGCAGGAUGUAGAAUGAGUUUUGGAAUUAUUUCAAAUAUAAUUGAGCUAGUUUACCUGAACCGUGACCUUUGUUACUUUUUGUUUAACCCCUAACUCUUCCUUUGGUUUGUGCCCUUUUUGUGUUUCUUAUUCUUGUUUUCUGUGGGUUUCAUCUCUAGCCUACCCCAACUUGCUUGGGACAAAACGCUAAGUUGUUGUUGUUGUUGUAUAAUUGAGCUAGUUUGAGUCAACCUUAGGUGCUGGGGAUCUGCAUUGUGUUGUGAUGACUAUAUUGUCAGUCAAUAGUCUGGUUGUCUUGGGCGAUGUUGGUGUGAAAUUAUUUUUGCAACAAUGAUGAUGUCUGAUUUUAGAAAUUCUUAUGCGCUAUUAGCUCAAGUGUCUAUUGUGGUGUGAAACGUUUAAGCUGUUACUCUUGUAUGUUUUCUGACUCUUGAAUUUUUUUUGUCUUUCUGAAAUUUAUUAGCUUGCUUCCAAUCAUGUAACUAUGUGUCAGUGUGUGACAUUUGGAUUAGCAUUAUGAUGCUUAGAGUGCUUAAACUUGCAAUGCCAGAACCAACACUUAACGUUUCUGAUGUCAUAUCAUUGUCACAAUUGUUCUUUGGUGCUGGGCUUAUUGUGAUCCAAGUCCCUGUUAUUUUUUUUGGCUCUUUUACCUUUGCUGAGGUUGCGAUGCUAAUUUAGUAUGAUGCGUUGAAGUUUAUCCAUGAUUAUUUUGUGAUGAUUCAUGACCUUCCUGUGAACGUUUUGGCGCUCUCUGAUUUUGGAUGUGCACCUGAAAUAGCGCUGGCAGGUGGCUGUUGUUUGUGGAGUGAUUCUUGAUUCUAGCACGAGUUUACUGCAAAUUUGUUUGAUACUUCCAGCAAAUAGUAGCAAGUGCUUGUUUGGUUUGAGGAGACGCUUGAUCUAGACUGAGCAGUUUGUGGAAUGAUCGAUCCCUUUGUAAGAAGAUGAGAACCGCACGAGUAGCAACUGAUGAUUGGAAGCAGAGCGAGAGCUGCGUCAGUAGAUUGAUGAUUGGCCAUGGCGACUGCCUAGUACCCUUGGCUUGUCGACGGUCGGCAGUAUUUGCUGCACUUAUUAGUUCUAAUUUAGGCAGCCUGGAGCCGGGUGGAGCUCACUGCCGGGGCCAGGUGGACGCAUCCGGGCUGCCCAUUAGCGAGAACGAUCCACAUGGACGCUGGCGGCAGGCACCCAAUGACUCCGGUUUCUAAUUUUGCAACACGAGCCGAGUGGCAGGUGGGCGGUGCCGGCUGCGAGAGCCGAGAGCGAGCAAGGAGGCGGUCGGGCGCACGCCUCGGCAGCACGCGGCGCGGCCGUCGCGUCGCGUGGCACGUCGCACGCCGUCCGCCCCCAACGAGCUCGUCCCGGUAUAAGAGGGGCUCCGGCCGGGCACGGGCAUCUUCGUCUUCAAGCAGCGCGCGGAGCGAGGCAAAGGGCAGGGCCCGGCUCCGUCCCGUUCCAAUGAAGGCCUAACCCGCGCGGGCAGGCUCAGGGCGAGUGAGCGAGCGGCCAACCGGGAGAGCGAGAGCGAGCGCGCCUCCCGAGUCCGCGCGCGCCCCCCACCACCACCAACACGACCCGCCGCUGGCAACUCCAAUAGCUCCGUCGUCAUCAACUAAUAAAACAAGAAGAUGGCGUCCAUCUCCCUCGAGGACGUCCGCAACGAGACCGUCGACCUCGUAUGCCUCCUCCUUCACCCCUCGCAUGAUUUGCUUUUGCUUGGCUUUGGCUGACAUGGCACGGCACGGCACGACGCAGGAGACCGUCCCGGUCCAGGAGGUGUUCCAGCACCUGAAAUGCAGCAAGCAGGGGCUCUCCACCACGGAGGGCGACAGCCGGCUCAAGAUCUUCGGGCCCAACAAGCUCGAGGAGAAGUCGGAGAGCAAGCUGCUCAAGUUCCUGGGCUUCAUGUGGAACCCGCUCUCGUGGGUCAUGGAGUCCGCCGCCAUCAUGGCCAUCGUCCUCGCCAACGGCGGCGGCAAGCCCCCGGACUGGCAGGACUUCGUCGGCAUCACCGUGCUUCUCUUCAUCAACUCCACCAUCAGCUUCGUCGAGGAGAACAACGCCGGGAACGCCGCCGCCGCCCUCAUGGCGGGCCUCGCGCCCAAGACCAAGCUCCUCAGGGACGGCAAGUGGAAGGAGGAGGACGCCUCCAUCCUCGUGCCCGGUGACAUCAUCAGCAUUAAGCUCGGGGACAUCAUCCCCGCCGACGCCAGGCUGCUCGACGGCGACCCGCUCAAGGUCGACCAGGCCGCGCUCACCGGCGAGUCGCUGCCGGUCAACAAGCACCCGGGCCAGGGGGUCUUCUCCGGCUCCACCGUCAAGCAGGGCGAGAUAGAGGCCGUCGUCAUCGCCACUGGCGUGCACACCUUCUUCGGGAAGGCGGCCCACCUGGUGGACAGCACCAACAACGUCGGCCAUUUCCAGCAAGUGCUCACGGCCAUCGGCAACUUCUGCAUCAUCUCCAUCGCCGUCGGCAUGGUCAUCGAGAUCAUCGUCAUGUACCCCAUCCAGCACCGCGCCUACCGCGACGGCAUCGACAACCUCCUCGUCCUGCUCAUCGGCGGAAUCCCCAUCGCCAUGCCCACGGUGCUCUCCGUCACCAUGGCCAUCGGCUCCCACCGCCUCUCCCAGCAGGGCGCCAUCACCAAGCGCAUGACCGCCAUCGAGGAGAUGGCUGGCAUGGAUGUGCUGUGCAGUGACAAGACCGGCACGCUCACCCUCAACAAGCUCACCGUCGACAAGACCCUCAUCGAGGUGUGCGGCAAGGGCGUCGACAAGGACAUGGUGCUCCUCUACGCCGCGAGGGCCUCCCGCGUCGAGAACCAGGACGCCAUCGACACCUGCAUCGUCGGCAUGCUCGCCGACCCCAAGGAGGCCCGCGCCGGCAUCAAGGAGGUCCACUUCCUCCCCUUUAACCCGGUGGAGAAGCGCACGGCCAUCACCUACAUCGACGGCAACGGCGACUGGCACAGGAUAAGCAAGGGCGCCCCCGAGCAGAUCAUCGAGCUGUGCAGGAUGAGCAAGGACGCGGAGAAGAAGAUCCACGGCCUGAUCGACAGCUACGCCGACCGCGGCCUCCGCUCCCUGGGCGUGUCGUACCAGCAGGUGCCGGAGAAGAGCAAGGAGAGCGCCGGUGAGCCGUGGCAGUUCAUCGGCCUGCUGCCGCUGUUCGACCCGCCGAGGCACGACAGCGCGGAGACCAUCCGGCGCGCGCUCCACCUCGGCGUGAACGUGAAGAUGAUCACCGGCGACCAGCUGGCCAUCGGCAAGGAGACGGCGCGGCGCCUGGGCAUGGGCAGCAACAUGUACCCCUCGACCACCCUGCUCGGCGACAACAAGACCGGCGAGAUGGGCGGCCUCAACAUCGACGAGCUGAUCGAGAAGGCGGACGGUUUCGCCGGGGUGUUCCCGGAGCACAAGUACGAGAUCGUGAAGCGGCUGCAGGACCGGAAGCACAUCUGCGGCAUGACCGGGGACGGCGUGAACGACGCGCCGGCGCUGAAGAAGGCGGACAUCGGCAUCGCGGUGGACGACGCGACGGACGCGGCCCGGAGCGCGUCGGACAUCGUGCUGACGGAGCCCGGGCUGAGCGUGAUCGUGAGCGCGGUGCUGACGAGCCGCGCCAUCUUCCAGCGCAUGAAGAACUACACCAUCUACGCCGUGUCCAUAACCAUCCGCAUCGUGCUGGGGUUCCUGCUGGUGGCCCUGGUGUGGGAGUUCGACUUCGCGCCCUUCAUGGUGCUCAUCAUCGCCAUCCUCAACGACGGCACCAUCAUGACCAUCUCCAAGGACCGCGUGAAGCCGUCGCCGACCCCCGACUCGUGGAAGCUCAAGGAGAUCUUCGCCACGGGCAUCGUGCUCGGCACCUACAUGGCGCUGACCACGGCGCUCUUCUUCUACCUCGCGCACGACACCGACUUCUUCACGACUACUUUCGGCGUGCGGUCCAUCAAGGAGAACGACAAGGAGCUGAUGGCGGCGCUGUACCUCCAAGUGAGCAUCAUCAGCCAGGCGCUUAUCUUCGUGACCCGCUCCCGGAGCUGGUCCUUCGUGGAGCGCCCCGGCGCUCUGCUGGUGAUCGCCUUCCUCGCGGCGCAGCUGGUGGCCACCUGCAUCGCCGUGUACGCCAACUGGGAGUUCUGCAAGAUGCAGGGCAUCGGCUGGGGGUGGGGCGUCGCCAUCUGGGCCUUCAGCAUCGUCACCUACCUCCCGCUGGACGUGCUCAAGUUCGCCAUCCGCUACGCGCUGAGCGGCAAGGCCUGGAGCAACAUCAACAACAAAACGGCCUUCGUCAACAGGAACGACUACGGCAGGGGCGAGCGCGAGGCGCAGUGGGCCACGGCGCAGCGGACGCUGCACGGCCUCAACCAGGCCACCGCCAGCUCCGACCUCUUCGGCGACAACACCGGCUACCGCGAGCUGUCGGAGCUCGCCGAGCAGGCCGCCAAGCGCGCCGAGGUGGCCAGGCUCAGGGAGCUGCACACGCUCAAGGGGCACGUCGAGUCGGUGGUCAAGCUCAAGGGGCUCGACAUCGACACCAUCCAGCAGAGCUACACCGUGUAAUAUUUAUACAUUACCCCCUGCAAAUGCCGCUGACAUUGCUGACUGCUGAGAGAGAGAGGGCAGGGGAAAUACAUAUAUCCAUCCAUCCGGGUCUCGUUUUCAGUUUCUUUCCACAUAGAAACACACACACACACACACACACACACAUGUGUGUGUGUGUGUGUGUGUGUGUGUGUGUGUCUGCUUUCGCUGGGAAGAGAUGAGAUGGGGACGCUGGUUACGUGUUACGUCAGUCAGGUUUCUCUGCCAGCGUUCGGCCUUGUUUUAAAUUUCUUGUAACCUGUAAACUCUUCCUGAAU